GCCCCCAAACUUGUGGUCCCGCCCUUCUGCCGUUCGUCAGUACAGCCUUUGUGAGUCCGAGGCACCAAUAGCGGUACAACAGACGGACCAUAGUCACCGCAGCCACAAGGACAUGCCUUCACCUCAGUGUUGGGAACGGCCAAACAUAUAAGAGAGUGAGGUGGCGAAGACACAUCGUGGGAAUCAUGAUUCCCGUGACAGAGUUUCGGCAGUUCUCGGAGCAGCAGCCAGCUUUCCGUGUGCUGAAGCCAUGGUGGGACGUCUUCACUGACUACCUCUCCGUGAUCAUGCUCAUGAUAGGAGUGUUUGGAUGCACCCUUCAGGUUAUGCAAGACAAAAUCAUCUGCCUUCCUCAGGGGAAUCUUCCAGUUCCUCCGACGAAUCAAACAGGGAUCUUGCCAAAUCAGUCUGAGCCAGAAAGUGAGCCUGCACUCCCUUCUCCCACCUCAGUCUCACCUGCACCUGUAGUGCAGGAAAUGAGGGGCCUGAAAACUAACCUGGACUGGCAGCAAUACAGCUUCAUCAACCAGAUGUGCUACGAAAAGGCACUUCACUGGUAUGCCAAGUACUUCCCAUACCUGGUGCUCAUACACACGGUCAUCUUCAUGGUGUGCAGCAACUUCUGGUUCAAGUUCCCAGGAUCCAGCUCCAAAAUUGAACACUUCAUCUCCAUUUUGGGAAAGUGCUUUGACUCACCAUGGACUACUCGAGCCCUGUCAGAGGUGUCAGGGGAAAACCAAGAGGAGCGGGACAGCAAGAAGCAGGUCCCCAGCCGACCAGUUCCCAACAAUGCCUCCGCAGUAGAGGGGAGCCUGGUCAAGACUCAGUCUCUUCGAUCCAUCCCAGAGAAGAUUGUGGUUGACAAACCAGCAGCAGCAAGUGUCCUGGACAAGAAGGAGGGUGAGCAGGCAAAGGCACUCUUUGAGAAGGUCAAAAAGUUCCGACUGCACGUGGAAGAAGGUGAUCUACUCUAUGUUUUGUACGUCCGCCAGACCAUCCUCAAAGUGCUCAAGUUCGUCCUCAUCAUUGCUUACAACAGUGUCUUGGUCUCCAAGGUCCAGAUCACUGUCACCUGCAAUGUGGACAUUCAGAACAUGACUGGGUACCGGCACUUUUCCUGCAACCAUACCAUGGCCCAUCUGUUCUCCAAACUCUCCUACUGCUACCUGUGCUUUGUGAUUGUGUAUGGAUUCUCAUGCUUGUAUACGUCCUACUGGCUCUUCUACCGCUCUCUCAAAGAGUACUCCUUUGAGUAUGUGCGACAGGAGACAGGAAUCAGUGACAUCCCAGACGUGAAGAACGAUUUUGCCUUCAUGCUGCAUAUGAUCGACCAGUAUGACCCACUCUACUCCAAACGCUUUGCUGUGUUCCUCUCUGAGGUGAGUGAGAACAAGCUGAAGCAACUCAACUUGAACCACGCCUGGACUGCAGAAAAGCUCCGCCAGCGCCUGCAAACCAACAACAGCAACCGUCUUGAACUUCAGCUCUUCAUGCUCUCGGGCCUGCCAGACACCAUCUUUGAGCUAUCAGAGCUGCAAUCCUUGAAGCUGGAGAUCAUCAAUAAUGUCACUAUCCCAGCGGCCAUCGCACAACUACAGGACCUCCAGGAGCUGUCCCUCUACCAGUGUUCGCUGAAGAUCCACACAGCGGCCAUAUCCUUCCUGAAAGAGAACUUGAAGGUUCUGCGGGUGAAGUUUGAUGAUGCUCGUGAGUUGCCACAUUGGCUGUACUUGCUGAGGAACCUAGAGGAGCUCCACCUCACCGGUUCUCUGAGUCCAGAUGCCUCCAAAAACAUCACCCUGGAGUCACUUCGGGAGCUGAAGUCCCUGAAGACUCUGUCACUGAAGAGCAACUUCAUCAAGAUCCCGCAGUCCAUUGUGGAUGUCCACAGCCACCUCCAGCGGCUGUACAUCUACAAUGAUGGCACCAAGCUGGUGAUGCUUAACAAUUUAAAGAAGAUGGUAAAUCUGACAGAGCUGGAGCUGGUGCACUGCGACAUGGAGCGUAUCCCACAUGCCAUCUUCAGUCUGGUUAACCUUCAGGCACUGGACCUGAAGGAAAACAAUCUACGCUCCAUCGAGGAAAUUGUCAGCUUCCAGCAUCUGCGCAAACUCACUUGCCUCAAGUUGUGGCACAACAGCAUCGCUCAGAUCCCAGAGCACAUCAAGAAACUGGGCAGCUUGGAGAGACUCUACUUCUCCUACAACAAGAUUGAGGUCCUGCCCUCGCACUUGUUCCUCUGCAACAAGCUGCGCUACCUGGACCUCUCCUACAAUGACAUUCGCUUCAUCCCACCUGAGGUCGGGGUGCUGCAGAGCCUGCAGUACUUUUCACUCACGUGCAACAAGAUCGAGAGCAUACCGGAUGAGCUUUUCUUUUGCAAGAAGUUGAAGACACUCAAACUGGGCAAAAACACUCUGUCUGUGCUGUCACCAAAGAUUCGCUACCUGGUGCUGUUGACUCACCUGGAGCUAAAGGGGAAUCAUUUUGAGGCUUUGCCCCCCGAGCUGGCCGUCUGUCGGUCAUUAAAGCGCAGUGGCCUCAUGGUGGAGGAUGUUCUUUUUGAGACAUUGCCCUCAGAUGUCAGGGAACAAAUGAAAGCUGAGUAAAUGGGUGAAUUUGACUCUGCACAAUAUACCAAAAAGUCUUAAAGUACGUUUGGUUUCUGUCCGUCCUAGGCGUGGCAUUUUCCGUCCUAGGCGUGGCCUUUUCCGUCCAUUUGUAUCCAGCCUAUGUGUAUUAGAUUUCAUAUGUCAUGAUGGAUAUUGCAAUACUAAUGGGUGAGUGCAACCUUUUAUACUCUUAUGCUUGGCAUAGAAGGGAAAGCCGUCAGAAUAUCUUUGUUGGGCAAACAAUUUGGGAAAAAGGCCUAAUUAAUUAUACACAUUUUUGUUGUUAUCAUAAGAAUGUAUCUCUAUUGUGUAUGUAUCAAAGAAUAAGAUAAUGCCUUAUUGGGUGUCUAUGCAGGCGUGCCAUUUGUUCUUGGCAUGGAAAAACAUGUUACACUGGACAGACUGUGUACCCCAUACAUUUGUGGCCUUCUUUUGAAAGCUUGUAGUGAUUAUCUUGUGACAAACAUUCAUCAAUUGAAUCACCAUUGGUGAUAGCCCUGGCAAGAAUGCAUUUCUUAAAAUCGAUGCAAAUUGCUCACGGCAAUACAGUGGGAAAUUGUUUGUGUCAUGUUUCUAUUCCAUUUACUUGUCAUCAGUGACAUAGCUGGAUAGUGAUGAAGAAUUAUCUGUAAACAUUUUGAAGCUCUUCUAAUAUACAUUUUUACAUAUAAAUGACAUAUUUGCACUGGAAAAUGUAGGCCUAACAUUCCAAUCUCUUCUAUUAUAUCGCAUUGUAUCAGUACUACAGUUAUGGCCAGCUGAAGGUCAAUGUAAGUGUUUGCAACAGAUCAGUGGCUAUAUUCAGGUACACCCAAAUGUAGGCACAACAUAAGUUGAUCAGACUGUUCCAAUGCCAAAUUCUUUAGCUGCUACCACAUUUGACCAAAUUCAAAUGGCUACAACCCUGUGCCUCUGGUACGUAAGCCUCCUCUGAUGAUGGUGUCAUAUUAACAUCCCAUUGCCAUAGUGCAGCUUGCUGAUGCCAUUCCUUUCCAUUGUGAAACAUGAUCACUCGUGUCGAUAUGCUUGUCCAGGGCAGAGAGGUCCUGCUUCUCAGGAUAUCUGAAAUUUGAUCAGCUGACAUUUAUACAAUAUGUGCCUCGAGAACGAAGCAAAAACGAAUGUUGCUGCAUCCACCCUACCACCGGCAUUAUGCAUGCAGAGCUGCUCCCUGGCCAGUCUAACCCAUGACACAGCAAUACUGUGAUUGUGCUUACUCCCUCAGCUAGGGUGCAGUGCAGUCACUGUUUGGCUCAGAACCAACAGCACAGGGUGGUACAGGAUGUGUGCUUGAGCCCAUGCCAGAGGAGUUCAGGGAGACGAGCUAGAGCUUGUGUCACGCUCCCGGAGAUGCCGAGAUUGAAUUGUGCCACCCACAAGACCCAGGAAAUCAAAGCAUCAACCUCCUGUGUGCAGGAUUACUGUAAUCUUCCAGGGUUCGUUUCUUGCGGUGCUCUAUGUGUCACAUGAUGCCUCGUGUGUCCAAAAAAUUGGUUGCAGUGUGGGCAUGAAUUGAGUUGGGUCCAGCUAUUGCAUUUGACGAAACAUUAUCAACAACAAUCUUUUCAGAUGCAUGCUGGACCUAAACCUGUUAGCUCUGCUUUAUUUAGGUUCUGGUGGAAAUAGCCAGAUCUUUUUCAUGUACAGAAACCAAUUUAUUUUGCCAUUGCUGCCUAUAAAUGUAAAAUCCUUUUGCCUUAUCAACAUGACACUUUUUCUACUACGUAUUUCAUCAUACUGUACUGUAUGGAAUUCACAAGUAAAUAAAUAUUUAUUUCAUUUUA